GUGUCAGGCCAGGCUACAUAUCUAUCGUGUGUACAGGGAACCACGAAUAUAACUGUGCUAAAUUGGAGUAGUAUUUGGCAAUUACUUAUUCUUCGCAAAAUAUGGUUCGUGGUGGGCCUGCCGAUCGCGCUGUAAAGCGAGCAAGAAUAUUUGCUCUUGCUAAGGGCUUUCGUGGUAGAUCAAAGAACUGCUACAGCAUCGCAAUCAGGAGAGUGCAAAAGGCUUUGCAGUACCAAUACACCAGCAGACGACUGAAAAAGAGAGACAUGAGAUCUCUUUGGAUAACCAGGAUCAAUAUUGCAGGAAGAGAACACAAUAUCAACUAUUCGACACUUGUACACAAAAUGGCAAAGCUUGAUAUCCAGUUGAAUAGAAAGAUGCUCUCUGAGAUAGCCAUUCAUGAACCAAGAUCAUUCAAGGGACUGGCAAGUUUGGCCAAACGUCGACUGGAGGAUGGACUACUUGCUGCUAUUAGGUAGCAACAUAGGGUGCUUCCUGGUUUUAGAGAAUCAGAUAAGCAACCAAUGGGUGCAGGUUAUCCCAGAUAAAUUGAAAGAACUUCAUGGUUUCUUCAUGGAACUUCAAAGUUUCUUUACAUUGUACUAUUUACCUGGGGAAGUUGUAAAAUACUUUCUUGAUGCCUCAAUUACAGUAAAUUCUCUCCCUCUACUUUCACGCUCUUAAACUUCUUGCUAACUUGAAAAGUAAAAUUCCUUUAAAUUGUGAUUGUUCAUGCAGAAACUAAACUUUAGUUUGUUAUCAUGCCGAUUUAAUCUGCUUCUGCAAGUUUGAAGCAUGUUUCACAAUGCAAGCUUACUGUUUCGUGACUGAGCUUUUAAGAUUUAUCUCACAUGACAUCAAUCUUGCUUGUUAUGUUUUUGAGUGAACCGUCACAAUAAGAACCAAUAAACCUCUGGCCCCAUAAUGCAGCUUUUGUCACUAAAUACAAACACCUCUUUGAAAAGCAUUUAUAUAAUUCUUUAUUGAGAGCUGCAUUUUGUUAUCAAAUGCUGGUAUUUACAAAGUAGAUCUAGAAGCUGAACUAAUUGGGUUUAUGUAAGUAAUACAAUGUAUACAAGGCUAAUUUGUAAAAAUACAGCAAAUAAAAUAUUAACCUUGA